GGGAGGUAACUGUGGCCGCUCUUUCGCUCUCCUUUUCCCCGCAACCGCUGACACUCGGGAGCGGCUUCUUUCUUUCCCUUCAGCGGGGGGGUUUCGUUUCAUGCUGGGCGUCGAUAAAAGCUGGUGGACACCCGGGAGUGCUUUCAAGGAGAUGUCCCGCAUACUUGUUCCGACGUAGGGGGAGUGUGCGGCGGCAGCAGCAGCCAGUUGGCUUGACUUGCUAGCGGAGGACUGCCGGCCGGCCCCGAAGUAGCUCCGGUAGCGGCGCAACGUACUCCGCGACAACGGCGGUUACACAACCGCACAGGCGGGAGACUAGCAGGCCCGCUCCGGACUUUGGAGAGAACUCCGGGUCGCCGUUUGUGUCACUCCGGAGUCGCAUUUACCAGCGGCGUGUCGUCAAAUCGCACCCGGAGACCCGAGCGACUGCAAAGGGGAUGGCGCAGAUCCACCUCGUCUACAGUUAACGACGGCGGACUGCAAUACACGCAAGUGUGCUGUUUUAGUGCGCGCUAACGUUUAUUUUCCCGGCGGAGGAUAAUAAGCAAGACUCGGGGGGGUGGAGCGCGCGUCUGGCAACAUGUCGAAAAUGCCGGCCAAGAAGAAGAGCUGCUUUCAGAUCACCAGCGUGACUCAGGCCCAGGUGGCUGCCAUCGGAGCCGCGGACGACACGGAGAGCCUGGAGGACCCGGACGAGUCCCGCGCGGAGGACGUGGCGUCGGAAAUGUACGAGCCGGCGUCCGAAGAAGCCCCGAACAAUGCCGGGGAGCCGGAGGCAGCACCGUCGCACAUACCUCACUUCGCCGUGCUGUCAGUCAACCCCUUGGGGGAGUUUCGGACCGGCCCGGUUCAAGGCGGUCAGCAGCAGCAGCCGCCAGCAGCAGCGGGGACUGGCGCGGCCGUCACACCCCUCGUCGCUCAGCCGGGGGCAACUCAGCAACAGGCUGCCCCGCCGACCUCCAGUCCCGGGCCCGCCGUGGUGUCAGUCAACGUACCCCAGCCUGCUACAGUGCCCAGUCCAGGUCCCCCGCCUCCUUCCGCGAGUUGCACGUCUCGCUUCCGGGUCAUCAAACUUGACCACGGUACCGGGGAACCCUUUCGAAGGGGUCGGUGGAUGUGCACGGAGUUUUACGAGAAAGAGUCCGAAGGUAACCGGACUGUGGACGGCAGCAGACAUGUCAGUGCAACACUGGAGAGCGCUGCAGACAGAGACAGUGGGCUGGGGCAUACCGGUGGCUCUGCGGUUGCCUCGGCGACCCACUCGGCCCAAGCCUCGGGCUCCUCGGCGGAUGUUGCUCUGUCAUCAUCUCGCAUGGACUCGUCCGGGCAGCAAAACUUCAUCACCCGGCAGCAUGCCGGGAGCGGGUCGGGGCCACAGAUUGCUCUCUCGCCGGUCCCCGUGCAGCUUCAGACUCAGUCUGUGAUGGUGAGUGUGCAGCCCGCCGCUCCUCAGAAUGGGUUGCCUCAGUCUGCCAUCCACAUGCAGAAGUCCCCCAUCCUGCCCCAGUCGGCCCAGACGCAAGCUUACCCUCUCCAGCAGCUUUCCAUGGGGCACCACCUGACCGCCCAGAACCCGACCGAGUACUAUCAACAACAGCCUGGGCUUUCCGCUGGUCAAUCACUGUCGGUAUCGUCAGGGCCGCAGACGGCGGGACAGGCGACCUCUCCUGCCGCGCCCGCAGCCUCCGGGGGAGUUUCGAUACACCAGCUCGGGGACGUUGCUGUGGGUGGAUCCAUACUUUCUGGACCGACGGCUCCAGGCCAGACCGCUGGAAUGGGAACUGUACUUGUUGGAGCAUCGACUUUGCAGCAGCAGUCUGUCAGUCAGUACGCUGCCACGGGGCAACCCAAACCCCUUAGCCUCCACCCUGCGUCCUCCGGUGUGCAAAAUGUGCCCCCCACUGUGCCUACCGCUGUGCCCAGUGCCUCCAGUGCAGCCAUGCCAAAGGUGACGACAUCCAGUUUGCCUCCAGGUCAGACCGCUCACAGCAAGACGACGGGAGCAUUGGGGGCACCGGGCCUCCUUGCAGCUGGAUUUGGACAGGCGGAGGGCGGCGGCGCGAGGAGGUCCGACGGUGUUGUCAAGCCAAUGUCAUCCGGGAAGGAUCUGAUGAAGCCCCUCAUGCCUGAGAGCCUGCAGCUCGCCGCUCCAACUGUCAACAGCCUGUUUGGAAUCCAUUUACCCAUCGACGGGGAUGAGGACAGUGCCUCUGGAACCAAUAUUGUUGCCAUUGAUAAUAAAAUAGAACAGGCAAUGGACCUGGUGAAAAGCCAUCUGAUGUACGCCGUGCGAGAGGAGGUGGAGGUCUUAAAGGAGCAGAUCAAGGAGCUCUACGAGAAGAACUCUGUGCUCGAGCGAGAGAACGCCGUCUUGAAAUCCCUGGCCAACAGCGAGCAGCUCUCGCAGCUUCCCGCCCAGCCGGCGGGCGGCUCGGGCGGCCCGCCGCCGCUGCCGCCGCCACCUCAACCGCAGCAGCAAGGACUCAGCCAGCCUACGCCGCCACUGGCCGGGCCCCCGCCUCAAGCGCAGCCUCAGCAGCACCCGAAGCCCCCGCAGCUGCAGACUCACCCUCAGCUGGACCCGAGCCAGCAGCAACCCAACGUCACCUCAGCUUGAAACCUCUCACAGCAGCUUACAGUUAGUGGAUGUGAAACUUACAGAAAAACAACAACAACAAAAAGUUUAACUCUUGUUCUCUUAGCCACCAGCUUGACCACAAAGUGCAGUGCUUGUAUGUGCACGUGUGUGUGUGUGUGUGUGAGUGUGUGUGUGUGUGUGUGUGUGUGUGUGUGUGAGUGUGUGUGUGUGUUCUGGCAAUGCUUACUUAAUGGGGACAUCGCUCUGUUUACACAGUCAGCUUUAGGGGACCUCUUAAUGGGGACAAAAAAAACAGGUCCCCUAAAGGGAAACCUUUUUAAAUGAUAGUCAGAUCCAUUCUGAAGAUGCCUCAGUGAUUUUUUUAAGCUUUGGCCCAUAAAACAUGUUUACUGAAAAGUAGGGAUGAUGUUUGAUAAGAAAUUAUCGAGUUCGAGCCCAUUAUCGAAUCCUCUUAUCGGACCGAUUCCUUAUCGAUUCUCUUAUCGAGUCCAGAUAGGUUGUUGUAUAUGGAAAAAAAACACAAUAUUUGGUUUAACAAAAGCUCACUUUUAUUUUAUAAGAAAAAAAUAAAAUGAAAUAAAUUAAUAAAUAUUGACUGUCACCCCCCUAAAAAAAUAAAAUAAAUAAAUAUUGACUGUUGUUACCCAAAGUAUAUUAAGUGGGAUUUUUCAGGAAAACAAAUAUAUACAGUAACACAAAAACAACCUGUCUCUGCGAUCACUAUAGGUCAGGGGUGUCCAAAGUGCGGCCCCGGGGGCCAUUUGUGGCCCGCAGGUCAUUUUUUAACGGCCCCACGGCACAUUUUAAAAAUACGAAUGAAAAAAAUAAAAAACAUGAUAAGUGGUAUAAAAGAGCAAACAGGUGAAAUGUAACAAGAAAAUGUCGCAAUGUUUACUCUUAAUAACACAAAGCUGCCAUGCAGGCUGUUUCUUUCUUUAAAAAAUAAUAAUGAAUCAAAAUCAAUGUCAUUAUGAAUUAUUGACCUAUUCAAGGCUCCAAUUACGUCACAUCUGAGAUAUUUUUGGGGAAAAUGUUGCAUAUUUUGUGUUUGCCAUAUACGUAAAAAACUGAGCUGUUUUUUAUAACGAAGGGCCUAAAACGAACAAACGAAAAACAUAAACAACGUCAUUUCCUGUGAUGUCCCACAGGGCAUUUCUUGUGGGACGGGAUUCGUUCCCAAGGAUUCAAAUAAAGAACCAACUCUUUUUCUUUACUAUAGUGGCCUUGAUAACGGGAACCGGUUCUCAAAAAGGGAUUUGAGUCCAAUGAAAUUGGUUAUUUUCUUAUCGAACGGUUCUUUUCUUAUCGAACAACCGGGAGAACCGGUUUCGAACAUCAUCCCUACUGAAAAGUAAACAUGUUUAACAUCUAAUUUGAACUUUUUUUUUUAAAUGGUCCUCAGUACUCACGUACAAAUUUGUGAGAAUUAUGCAAAAUUAUUUAAAUUUGGUCCCCAUGAUCCAUAUUAACUCUUUUUUUCCCCAGGGCCCCCAGUGAGAAUGAUCAGCACAUUACUUCAUCAAUCCAGAGAUUUAAAGACGUGUAUGAGCUAGGGCUGCAACAACUAAUCGAUUAAAAUCGAUUAUAAAAAUAAUUGCCGAUUAAUUUAGUCAUCGAUUCGUUGGAUCUAUGCUAUGCACAUGUGCAGAGGCUACUUUUUUAGGGACCGAGUCCCUUUGGGACAGAGGACCCUAUUGAAUUUCUAGCGUUUUAAUAUUAUACCGCAGCCUCUUUGAGCUGUAAUUUGACCCCCUUAACAUGCUUCAAAACUCACCAAAUUGGACACACACACCAGGACUAGCGAAAAUUGCGAUCUAAUCAACAAAACCAAACCCCAAAACUCAAAAUUGCGCUCUAGCGCCCCCCAGGAAGAAAACACAGACAAAACUGCCUCUAACUCCCAGUAGGAAUGUCGUAGAGACAUGAAACAAAAACCUCUAUGUAGGUCUCACUUAGACCUAGAUUUCAUACACUGACAACCCCCAGCACAAAUCAACAGGAAGUUUGCAAUUCCCCCUUCAAAACAAAAGUUGAGUAAAAACAGCCGCCUCUUUGAGCUGUAAUUUGACCCCCUUAACAUGCUUCAAAACUCACCAAAUUGGACACACACAUCAGGACUAGCAAAAAUUGCGAUCUAAUCAAAAAAAACAAACCCCAAAACUCUAAAUUGCGCUCUAGCGCCCCCUUGGAAAAAAACACAGACAAAACUGCCUCUAACUCCCAGUAGGAAUGUCGUAGAGACAUGAAACAAAAACCUCUAUGUAGGUCUCACUUAGACCUAGAUUUCAUACACUGACAACCCCCAGCACAAAUCAACAGGAAGUUUGCAAUUCCCCCUUCAAAACAAAUGUCACCUUUUUUCAAACAUUAUCUCCUCUGAGCGCGUUUGUCGUGUCGGCUUCAAACUAGCACAGGAGAGAGAUUGAACCCUUCUGAUUAAAAGUUGAUGAAAGAGUUUUAAUUACUGCUCCGGUUUGGAUUUUAUGAGCCCUCAAAGUCGGUCCCGUCCAUCGCUUUAAUUUUUUUUAUUUUUUUUAAUAAACCUUUAUUUAUAAACUGCAACAUCUACAAACAGCUGAGAAACAAUAAUCAAAAUAAGUAUGGUGCCAGUAUGCUGUUUUUUUUCCGAUAAAAUACUGGAAAGGAUAGAAAUGUAGUUUUGUCUCUUUUGUCCGAUUAUUAAUCGAUGAAUCGAAGUAAUAAUCGACAGAUUAAUCGAUGAUCAAAUUAGUUGUUAGUUGCAGCCCUAGUAUGAGCUAACUGGGCAGUGGCCAUUUUACCCAAUUUUUUUAAUGCCUCCACAACCUGUAGAAAGGGUGGUCCCCACAAGUGAUGAUCAAAAACUUGGUCCCCAUUCCAACUGAUAACUUGUGUGUGUGUGUGUGUGUGUGUGUGUGUGUGUGUGUGUGUGUGUGUGUGUGUGUGUGUGUGUGUGUGUGUGUGUGUGUGUGUGU